GUUUCAACUUCAGUGAUUAUUUCUAAAAUCAUUUUCUAAUAAAAAUUUCAAUCUAAAAUCGUUGUAAAAUUAGUGUCGACCAUUUAUUUACUACUUUAUAUAACAGCGUGAUAUCGCGACGACCUGUGCGUUACAAUUCUCGGAACCGUGCAUGCUGCGAUCGAGACGAGGACCUUGAUAACUUGUUCCUCGGACGGACGAGCGACCAGACAGUUAUUAUAGGAUCAUGCCCAUGGAGGUACGUCUUUAGUUUACAUUUGUGAGGCAAUCGUGUGUGCAUUUUCAUCGAUUAAACCAAAGCGGAGUGAGGUUUGUGUGUGAGCUCCUACCCGUGAUACAGUUUGGAUAUACAAAGUGAACCGGCCAGUGCCAUGACGAAGUUAAUAUAAAUGUGCGUCUCGAUAUUGUGUGCGGAAGGAACUUUGUGAGCCGUGAGCGCGGCGCGGUCGGUUAAUUCGCGAUGGACUUCGGUGGAGAUGGCGGUCUGUCCCCCGGUGUGCUAGACCAGAACGACGGUGAAGCAGACGCCCCCCUGAACUUUAGUGAUGUUCUGGAAGCCAUCGAGCAGGCGGACCCGUCGUACGGCGGCGUGGUGCUCGCGGGAGACGCGGGCGGCGCGGUGCUAGAGGAGGUCAUGGCGCGGCCGGCGCCUGUGCAGGGCGGGCCUUUCGUCAGGAUCGUCGAGCAGCCCGCCAGCAGGGCGCUUCGAUUCCGUUAUGAGUGCGAAGGUCGCUCUGCGGGGUCAAUUCCGGGCGUCAACAGCACGCAGGACCGGCGGACGUACCCCACCAUCGAAAUCUGCGGCCACACUGGCAAGGCCAUUGUUGUCGUCUCCUGCGUCACGAAGGAGUCUCCAUACAAACCACAUCCCCACAACCUGGUUGGCCGCGACCGCUGCCAGCGCGGCGUGUGCACCCAGCGCGUCGACGUCACCGCGGACAACCGACUCGUCACCUUCUCAAACCUUGGCAUACAAUGCGUCAAGAGACGCGACAUCGCAGAAGCUUUACGCGUACGAGAAGAACUACGCGUUGACCCCUUCCGAACGGGCUACGCCCACCGCAACCAGCCGCAGAGCAUCGACCUGAACGCCGUGCGCCUGUGCUUCCAAGUGUUCCUGCCCGACGAGGCGGGCAAGGUCCGCCACUCGCUCGAGCCCGUGGUGUCGGAGAUCAUCUACGACAAGAAGGCGAUGACCGACCUGCAGAUCCUGCGCAUCUCGCGCUCGUCGGGCUCGGCCCGCGGCGGCACCGAGCUGAUCCUGCUGUGUGAGAAGGUGACGCGCGAGGACGUGGCCGUGGUGCUGUACGAGGAGCGGCGCGAGGUGGGCGCGGGCGGCGGCGGCGCCAGCUGCGUGGUGUGGGAGGACAACGCCACCGUGGUCAUGGUGCACAAGCAGGCCGCCAUCGCCUUCACCACGCCGCCCUACCGCGACCCCGCCACCGGCCAGCACGUGGACGUGUUCAUCCAGCUGAAGCGGCCGUCGGACGGCACGCGCAGCGUGGGCGUCCCCUUCACGUACAUCCCGGAGUUGCAAGAUACGAAGCGGAGAAAGAUGCUUAAUUCGGCGCUCUUGCGUACCAUUGACCAAGAAAGGUCUCAAUGGGGCCAGGAGCGGAAGCCGAUCAAAUCGGAACCAAGCGCAGAUAAGUCGCCGAUGCACAUGACGAGUCCACAUCACGUAUUCCCGCCUAUAGAGCAGGUUCCGGAUAAUUCCUAUCAAAUUCAGCGCUGGGUGCAGGAGGCCAUGAACGUGCCGGGGCCCAGCGGCCUGGGCUACCAGUUCGGGCCCGAGCUGGCGUGGCCGAGCCCCGCCUACGCGGCCGUGUCGCCGCCGGCGAUGGCGCACUCGCCGGGCAUGCUCUCCCCGCAGGCGCAGGUAAUGUCCCCGCAGCAAGCCAUGUCUCCCCAGCACGUGCGGGUGAUGUCGCCGCACGAGCAAGUGCUGUCCCCACAGGGUCAGGUACUGUCCCCGCAGGGUCAGGUACUGUCCCCGCAGGGUCAGGUACUGUCCCCGCAGGGACAGGUGAUGUCCCCGCAAGGGCAAGUGUUGUCUCCGGGCCCGACACUGACGCCGCUGCAGGGGCUGCCGCCGAUGCUGGGCCCGCAGAUGGACGCGCGCUGCGGCAUGGGGCACGUAUCGCCCACCGUGGGACACGUCUCCCCGAAUUUGGGGAAUGUGUCUCCUCACAUGAUGCAACAGCCUUUACCUCAGGUCCAAGACAUGGAAACCAACAGCGCCUCGCUGACUAAUCUCCUGAACCAAGGUGCAGAGUUGGCGCAAAUACAAUUGAACUCUGAAGAGUUGUCCGGUCUGCUGAACUACCCUAACUCACGUCCGCACGAGUUGACGGACUCGUUCCAUCAACUCUCCACCUUAGACCGAAUGUAAAAUGCAUGAGGAAUACCCAACACGAUAAUGGUUGGUUGACCACUAUCAUGUUACCCCGAGGAUUACGACAAAGACUUGAGGUCACGAAAACAAGCUUUCGAAGAGUGGUUUCAAUUCGAUGUAAAAGUGAACAAACAUAGGAUAUUACUGACGGCAAUGGAUGCAGGCAGUUCUCGAAAACACAAUCGUAAAAA